AUCAACAUACUGACUUCAUUGCAAAAGAGUUUCACCGUGUUGGCAGCAUGUUGUUGGAAAAUGACUUUUUCCUUACGGAGCUCACUCGACUUUUCCAGAAGGGUAAAACAUCUGGAUCCAUCAGCCUAACGAUGAAGCGAUAUGAUGGCAGAACAAAACCUUUACCCAGAGCUGGACAUGUACCUGACCCAACAGAGUACAAGUGUUUGAUACGGGCAACCCUUGGCAGCAAGAAGAUCAGUACAGUUGUGCAUCAGAAGGAUGUUAAUAAGUUUCAGUUGGCAUAUGCAAAUCUUCUCAAAGGAAACUUGGAUGGUAUGAAGAAGAAAGACAAAUCAAAGAAGAAGAAAGCCACUCAGUAGACGAUGGUCGUAUACAUUGUCAUAAAAUAUCAUCACCCUGUCUAGUGAACACGGCGGACAUGAACUUUGUUGUGGUUUUGAUGUCUCGACUGGCCUUCCAUCUUUCCACUGCACAUAUUUAUCAAAUACAUGGCAAAUACAACUCCAAAUCUUGUGGUUGUGUACAGGAGACGUUCAAUGAAUUUCACUUAAAGCCAUACACGUUUCCUACAGUCCAGGCCUAAUGUAUGUAAUCAGUUCCACAAGAGCUGUUUCAGGCCAUGAAGCCCCAAAAUAAUAGGCUUUAGGUCUGCCAAUCAUCCUCUCAUCAUCAAUGAUAUUCAAGAAUCAAGGUCCAUAAAUAUCCAAUCUGAAUCUUGUAUUGAAGUUUCAGUUUAAUCAUGAAAAACUCAAUUUCAUUUACCUUCUUAACAUGGUCUUUAUGACUAUUUCUUUCUUUCAAGAUGCGGGAAGAUAACCAGAUGGUUUUGUUUUUAGAAUAAAAAGUAGUGAACUAUU